GUAUUACUCUUUCUUUUUAAAUUUCCGUUUGCAUUCCAAGAAGUUGACUUUUGUCGCCAAUUUUGCUGCUGUAAGAUUGUGUUGUAGACGAAGGGACUGGGAAGGGAUUCGAUUUGGUCAUCCUCAUAGUCUUCACAAAAUCGAUCCAUAAGGGUGGGAGUUUGGUUGCGUAAUCUUCAUUUUAUGAACCAGUGAACAGUCUAUCGAGAUUUCAUCUAAAUCGCAGGACAUCGGCCACCACAACAUCGAAAAUGUUUGCAAAUCAGCAGUUAAUCGUUCUUUAUAAAGCAUUAGGAUUUAUUCGAUUUCCUGGUAUUAAUUUCUAUUCGAUUUCCUAGUACUCAUCAAAAAACGAUAUUGCAAGGUUAGCAUCUCUUUACCUGUAAUUUUGCAUAUCGAAAUUUCCGAACAUGUUCUUCUCUGUGCGUGUUUGUUACUCUAUUGUGGUUCAUGAAUUUUUUUCGCAUCUCAAUUGGUGAACUGCAGUUAUAACUUUUGAUUUCAAUUUCAAGUUUAACGUCUAAUAUGAUCAACCAACCUGUAAUGUAUCUUUGAUAAAUUGGGAUUUUCAGUGGUAUGUUUGUUAGUAAUGGGAUUAGAAAUUUCAAAUUAAAACCAAAAACAAAUGUGUGGAGGCCAAUGGUUUUGGGGACCUUUUGUUUGUGGCUAAUCUCUAUGUCCAAUGUCAUAGUUUAUUAGUUUGUUAGCUACUUAGGUUAGUGUUGUAUCUGUUAUCUUGUACCUUCCCAACUUGCUGGUUCUUUGUGUUUGAUAUAUUCUAGCCCGUUAAUGAUUUUGAUUUAUAAUUUUUGGGAAAGAAAUUGAUUUUGGUUCAUGAUUUUGAUGUUCAUCUUGUUUAAGAUUUCUACUGUUUUUUGCUAUAAGUCUGCAUGCAACCCUUCAUUAUAAACCCUUUAAUUUCAUUUUGAUGUCUAAUAAUCACUCAAGUGUUUGACCAUUCUGAAUUUUGGGUUUCCAAAGUACCAAUUCCGUUGAAAUUAGUUGUAUGUUUGGGGUUUUGGGUUUCCAAAGUACCAAUCACUCAAGGGGUUAUUUUAUGCCAUACUGGUGUUUUGAAGAUGUAGGUUGUGCAGGAUCCCAUAUUAUGUGGCAUAGGGUUUAAGGCCAUACUUUGGGAAAUAAAAGGAAGACAAAUGAGUAAAAUCUUGUAAAAAGUUAGGAUAAAUCUUCCUUUCCCUGACUUUCUAUGUUAAGUUUGGUUUUUUUUUUUGUUAUAUUUUAUUGGGAAUUUAUUUUUAUGCUGUCCCUGACGAAAAUUUCUUGUUCCGCCCUUGGUUUGUUAAUCUUUUUGGCUUUAUAUAUCAUCAGUGAAACUGAAACCUCAUCAUCCUUGUGCCUUUGCAGUUGUUAUAAUCUGUCAGGAACAAACAAAUCAUGUCGUUCCUGGAAAAGUUUGCUCACUUAAGAAUUCCACUGGAAGAGAUAAGAGGAGCAACAAACAACUUUGCUGCAAAAUAUUUAAUUGGGCGUGGUGGUUCUGGAAAGAUCUACAAAGGAGUGCUCAUCCGGCCAGGAGGCUCUGUCAGGGUCGCAUUCAAGUGGCUUGAUAGAGCAUUCGUCCAAGGAUCAUCAGACUUCUGGAACGAGAUUAUCCUUCUUUCUGAAUGUAGACAUGAAAAUAUCAUAAACUUUGUUGGCUUCUGUGACGAGGGGAACGAGAUGAUCCUUGUCUACGAGUUUGCAAGAAACGGAAGCCUCGAACUACAUUUACGUAGCGCUGACCUCACUUGGUUGAAGCGCCUCCAAAUUUGCCUUGGUGCAGCUCGUGGCUUAAGUUAUCUUCAUAACCAACAGAGAAUCAUUCAUCGUGACUUGAAGAGCGCACAUAUUCUAUUAGACCAAAAUUGGCAUGCAAAGAUAGCUGAUUUUCGGUUAUCCAAAUUAGGUCCGGCAAAUAUGAUGAAUACUUUCCUUUUUACCGAUAUGGUUGGUACACUCGGCUACAUGGAUCCUCUGUACAUUGAAACUGGUCUUCUAACAAAAGAGUCAGACAUUUACUCUUUUGGGAUUGUAUUAAUGGAAGUUCUUUGUGGGAGACUGGUAAAUGAAGAGGGGAAAAUGGUACGCCGCCAUUAUGAAGAAAGAAAACUCACCGAAAUCAUAGAUCCAAUUCUAAGAAAACAAAUGAGCGCAGAUUCCUUGAAUGUUUUUUCGGCUAUUGCAUAUCAAUGCCUGAAAACAGAACACAAGGAACGCCCAUCGAUCAUUGACGUUGUGGAAAAGCUUGAGCAGGUUUUGGAACUUGAACCAAAAUUUGAGGAGGCGUUAGCACAUCAACAAGUUGUAGAUAAUUUGAAAGACAGACGAGAAGGUGAAGAGGACUUCAAGGUUGUAGAUAAUUUGAAAGACAGACGAGAAGGUGAAGAGGACUUCAAGGUGAAAACGAUGGAACAUAUGAAGAUCCCAUUAAAAGAUAUAAAGUCAGCAACUCAUGAUUUUCAUGAGCAUUUUAAAAUUGGAAGGGGUGGAUUUGGGGAAGUAUACAAAGCAGAUCUCUUCCACUUCGAUUUCAGAAAAUACAUUGCAGAGAAUAGAUUUCAAAGGCUUUCUUUGGCAGAACCCUCAGACUACCCAAAAAGACAAAGCACAGUUGCUAUUAAGCGGUUAGAUCGUAGAUAUGGACAAGGACCUGCACAGUUCUUGCAAGAACUCUCGAUGCUUCCAUAUCUUACACACAAAAACCUUGUCACACUUGUUGGAUUUUGUGAUGAAGAUCGUGAGAAUAUUCUUGUUUAUGAGUAUGCUCCAAAUGGAAGCCUCCAUGAUCAUAUUCAUAGUUCUAAUACCACAAAUAGUCAUACAUGGGCAAGACGUCUUCAGAUUUGCCUCGAUGCUGCCUCUGGGCUUGAGUUUCUCCAUAAUGGUAUUGGAGAACAUUAUAGGAUAAUACAUCGAGAUAUAAAGAGCUCCAACAUUUUAUUAGGCCAAAACUACAUUGGUAUGAUUAGUGACUUUGGGUUGUCAAAAAUUGGUCCUGCCAAUCUAGAAGCCACCUUUGUGAUGACUCAAGUUGCUGGCACACCACUAUAUAUAGAUCCACAAUAUCAAAAAACAGGUUUGCUAACAAAAGAGUCUGAUAUUUAUUCGUUUGGGGUGGUUUUGUUUGAAGCAUUGAGUGGAAGGUUGGUUCAUUUCCAAAGGUCUAAAGAUGACCCAGAAUUUCUGCUCAAGAUGGCUAAACGUUGCUUCGAGAAAAAAAUUAUCAAUGAGAUUAUUGACUUGAAGUUCAAGAAAGAAUUCGAGAAAUCCGGCUCUCCCAUUCUAGAUGACGAAACCUGCCCAGAUUCCAUAAAGAUAUAUGCAUCAAUUGCAUAUAAAUGUUGCAAUGAAAAACGAGAGGACCGUCCUAUAAUAGCUGAAGUCGUGAAAGAACUUGAGAAAGCAUUGAAGUCUCAUGUAAACCGGGUGGAGGCCUUUAGAAUAACACUUGGCGACAUUAGAUCUGCUACAAAUGACUUCCGUGAUAAAAUAGAGCAAGGACCAGUAGGCGAGGUGUACUGUGGAGAACUUCAGUACUUAAAGGGACAUGGCACAGUUACCAUAAAGCGGCUCUGUCCUUCAGUGGAUUCUUCUGGAGAAGAAUUUGUUAAGGAUAUUGCAAGGCUUUAUAGUUAUAGCCAUGAGAAUGUUGUUCCAGUUUUAGGAUUUUGUGAAGAAGGGACUGAGAGGAUCAUUGUUCUUGAGCAUAUGGUUAAAGGAAGUUUAAAAGAUCAUCUAACCAACACUAGUCUGAUGUGGAAACAACGACUCAAGAUAUGCAUUGAUGCUGCAUAUGGACUAGCUUACAUUCAUAGUCAUGCUGAUCAGACAGAACAUAUGAUUCAUGGCGACUUAAAAAGCAGUAGCAUUCUACUUGGAGAUGACUGGAAAGCUUCUAUUUCUGAUUUCAUCGUUUUCAAAGGUGCAGGCACUUUAGGUUAUCUUGAUCCACUCUCUCCCAACACAAGUUCCCUUACACAGGAAUCGGAUGUUUAUUCUUUUGGGGUUGUUUUAUUUGAAAUCUUAUCUGGGAGAUUGGCAACUGAAACGAUUAUAUUUGAUCAGCAACUGCCACUUGGUGAAGUCCCAAAUGUUGAACCUCAACUUAUAAACAGCGCAAGUGGUACAAGCAACGACAACGAGCCAGUGGCUUUUCUUGCAAAUUGGGCAUCAAAAUGCUUCAAAAACAACAAAAUAGAAGAUAUUAUCUUUCAUGCUAUAAAGAAAGAAAUUGAACCAAUGUCCUUGGUGAUAUUUUCAACUAUUGCAAACCAAUGCUUGAUGGAACAACGAACUGACCGCCCAACAAUGACUAAGGUUGUAGAAGAACUUGAAAAAGCCCUUGAUUGCCAAGAUGAGUGGGAAUGGGAGCAAAAACUACCUACGGAUUAUAAAGAAAUAAUCCAGAUGUCAAAACGUCCAGUGGCCUCUACAAUCAGAAAGAAGGAUAUCCAUUCCCUUCUGUCAUCGGGAAUGCUACUUCACAACGAAAAAUGGUUUUCAAUAAGCAUGGAUGGAGCAAGAAAUGAAAUGGCAUCUGCAAAAACAUUUUCAUACGGUGAUGUUUCUUCUGUGAAGUGGAAAUCCGUACAAAAAUCAAGAUUCCCAAAGGUCGCAAGGAUACCUGAUAUCUCAAAUCUCAAUAUCGAAAUUAAGAUAAAAACUCAAUUUCUAACUCCAGAGAUGAUGUAUGGAGCUUACCUAGUGUUCAAGUUUUGUGAUAAAAGAAAGGUUUCUAGCAGGCCGUUAUACGUGAACCUAAAAUAUAAGAAGGCAGGUGAGACCUUAAGUGCAUAUUUUGCAGAGUGGGAAGUUGGAACCGAGUGGUUGAAAGUCAAACUGUUCCAAUUUUCGAGUAAUAAUGGAAGUAUCGAUGUUGAGAUUCUACUAGAAAGCUUGUCUCAGUAUUAUUGUGGCAGAGGGGCCAUAUAUAUUGAAGGCAUAGAGUUUCAGGCCAGUCGAAGCGUUGACUUUGAACACAAUAACGAAUUGAAGGAUGGAACAAACAGUGAAGGAGUUUUGAUCAAUACACAGUUGGACAUGGAUUGGGUGGAAAAAAUGUUAUAUCAUUACGAAAAAAUUAUCAGGAGGUAUGGGAAGAAUGUCCAUGUUGCCAAUGGAAUUGACAAUAAAGAGGUGAUGUAUCGCCUUCUUUCUGAGGGAAUUCAUAUUGACAAUGGUGAAAAGUUUUUCUCACUAAGCAAAGUGAACAUGAAGAAAUGCCACAUGCUAAGGGCAUCAUCAGUUAUAUACAAUUCCUUAAACUUAAAGUUCAGCAAGCCUCCAACUGGAUUAAGGUGUAGAUUUGCAAAGGUUGCAAAGAUUCUGUCUCACCAGGAUUUCCGUAUCAAAUGUGACAUAGAGACACAAAUGCUCUCAUCAGAUACAACCUACACUUGUUUCCUCGUGUUCAAACUUUCAAAAAAAUGUUGUGGUCUCAAGUGCCCAGUGAAGGCUCGUGAUUUAGUACCCCAUAGAAAGGAAAGAACCAAAAUCAUUUCUUUCAGGUACCCAAGCAAAGUGAAUUUGGACAAAAUCAAAUGGAUUCCAAAACAGAGAGAAGAUGGAUGGAUGGAGGUUAUAGUGUGGGAAUUUAAGGUUGAUAACACGCAUAAUGAUGAGUAUAUUCCUAUGGAUUUGAAAAUGACAUGUUUUGAAGGAAAUAUGUCUGGUCUUAUUGUGUAUGGAAUUGAGUUCCGUCCUAUAGCAUAAGUGUAUAUUAAGUAACAUUUAUAAAUGUUGCUCUAAGUGUAUGGCAAUCUGUUAUUACAUCUUUUGUACUUUUAUAUCAACUUAAAGGCUCUAUAGAAGAUAUUUCCCCAAUACU